AUCCGGUUUUUUUCGGCUCCGACUGGCACAGGCGCUGGUGCGUCCUCACCCGUGGGAAUUUCCUCUACUUCACCAACGACAAAAGUAAACAGCCCAAGGGAAUUUUUUCCAUGGAAAAUUACAGCGCCCGCCGGAAUUCCCAACUCCGGAAAGAUUCCCGGAAAAAUUGCUGCUUCCAACUGGUGUGUCCCGGGAAACGCUCCUACGAGUUCACGGCUCCGAGCGUGGCCGAGGCCGAGGAUUGGGUGGAGCAGAUCCAAUUCCUGCUCAAGGAUCUGAGCUCUCUCACCAUCCCCUGCGACGAGGACGAGCCCGACGAUCUCUACACCGACGUCGACAGCUCCGAUUCCAUGGAAAAUUCCCAAAAUUCCCAAAAUUUGGGCCCGGAGGAGCCGCCCGAAGGCGACGACAUCUACGAGGUUCUUCCGGAGGAGGAUCCGGAGCCGCCGUUCCCGGAGGAUGAGGAAGAUUUCGGGAGUGGGGAGAGCG